AUGCCAUUCAAAUCAAAUCAUCAAUCAUCCAAUUCACCAUUCACUAUCUCAAAACCAAUCAAUCAAACCAUUGCCAACCCAUUACCUUUAUAUUUUGAUAAUUUAGAUUCAUUAGACUUCUUUUUCAAAAACAAUUCAAUUCAACCUUCAAAUCGAAAUCAUCAAUCAAAUCAAAAUCAAACCAAUCGAUCAAACCAUUCACGUAUCUUAAUAGCUCAUGAUUUCAAAGGAGGUUAUAAUGAUUCACCUUCAGAUCAAAGGGCUUAUACAUUUGAAUGGUUUUCAUACAUAGACACUUUUUCUCAUCAUCGAAUCACCAUUCCUCCACCUGAUUGGAUCACAGCUGCAAAAACUCAUCAUACAUCUAUUCUUGGUACUUUAAUCUUUGAACAUCAAACAUCAUUAUCAGAUCUAGAACUACUUUUAACCGGUCCAAAGAACUCACCAAUCCCAACACAUAAAUAUUUUAUAAACUUAAAACCUAUUAAAGGUUAUGAACCUUUGAAUCAAAUCUCAACUUAUUAUGCAGAUAGAUUGAUUGAUUUGGCUUUAUAUUUUGGAUUUCAUGGUUGGUUAUUGAAUUUUGAAAUCGACCUGAUCAAGUCUUUGGAUACUCACUCAGCUAGGUUAUCGGGUCAGAUUGCUAAGGCUCUUAGGAUUUGGGUGGAGUAUUUGAGAUUAGAGGGUAUCAAAAGAGUCGGUUCAAGUUGGGAAGUUUCUUGGUAUGAUUCAUUGUCUCAUGAGAAUGGAAGUUGUCAAUGGAGAUCAAGUUUAUAUAUCAAAGAUAAUUUGUUUUAUUAUGCUGCUGCUACUUCGAUUUUUUUAGAUUAUCAUUGGAAUUUAAAUUCGCCAAAUCGGACCUUAUCAAUACUUUCAAAACUUCAAGAAACUAUUAAUUCGAAACCAACAAAGGAAGAAAAAAGUUUAACUAUAAAUCUUGGUGAUGAUCCUUUCAAAUCUUUUAAAAAUAAAGCAAAAACUCGACUUGAGAAUCUAAAAACGAAUGUUUAUUUCGGGGUAGAUGUGUUUGGUCGAGGUUGUAUGUAUGGAGGAGGAUUUUCAAGUUGGAAAGCUAUUGAAUUAAUUCAAAAUCAAUAUGAUUUUAGUAUUGCACUCUUUGCACCAGGUUGGACAUGGGAAUCACAUCAUUUAGAUCCGAUUCGAUUGAAAUCAAAAGAUUGGUGGAAAUCUUGGUGGGAAGAAGAAAGGUUUCAAUGGGUUGGAAUUUCAGAUCUGAAAGCUAAACAACUUGGGAAUAGUUUUGUAGAUGGUUGUAGGAUUUCGAAAGAAGCUAAAGAAAAGGUUUUAACUAAGAGAGGUACUAGUGAUAGUGAAUUUCCUCAACAUUUACCGAUUUCUAGAUUCUUUAAUCCUUGGAAAAGGUUACCUAAGCUUGACCUUCCAGAUUGGUUUUAUACAAAUUAUUCUUUAGGAAGUGGAGGAAAUGGGUUUUGGAUUGAAGGAUCGAAUUCUUUGGGAAAUCAAAACACUUGGACUGAUAUGUCAUUUUGUUUUCCUAAGAAUGAUCUUUCUAUUAAUGAAGAAAGUAGAAGAGAGAAUGGAAACCAACCAUUUGUGAAACGGUUAGGAAGUUUAGUUUGGUGUGAGAAUGUGGAAGAUGUAGGUUGGUUUGGGAGUGGUUCGAUUAAGAUUGAAGAUCAAGAUGUUGAAGAAGAUCAGUUUAAGGAAUCGGUUGGGUUGGUUUGGAUGAAUACUUUACCGGUGAUGAUUAAUGGGGGUGUCGAAUGUCGAAUGAUAUGGAAAUCAAAUGAAAUUGAAAGUCAAGAAAAUGGAUCACUUGGGAUUGUUUUGGAUCUUGAUUUGAUGGAGAAGAAUGAUGAGAAAUCAGAUAAGAAGAUCGGAUUUGAAUGUUAUGAAUGUUUGAUUGAAUUGAUUGGUUUAGGAAUCGAUUUGGUGAAAGUGAAAGAUAUUAAAGUUGAAAAGUUAAAGAAUGGAUGGAAUGAAACGAGUUGUAAAAUAAUUGGUAAUCAAUCAGAUUUAAUGUAUAUCAAAAGGUUUGGGAUUAUGGUUCAAUCUGGGAAGAGAUUUCAACAUUAUUUAGGUGAAGUAGCUGUUUGGCCGAUUUCUAAUUCCAGAAGAAAAGAAGAAGAAGAAAUAAUUGAAGUGGAAUUUGAUCAAGUUCAUCAAGUCUUAAAAUGGAUUCAUGAACCUAGAUCUGAUUUGAUUGUUAUUCAAUAUUUGGUUUAUUUGGUUCACGAAAGUUUGAAUGAAAUUCACCAUGAAAUCUUUUUAGGUAGUAUUAGGGAUGGGUUUUUGAAUGUCAACAGAAAUGAAGAUCAAGGAAUGAAAAGAUUAUAUGAAUUUGAACUUGAGGAUUAUUUGAAACAGGUUAUGAUUGAUCAACAUCAACAUCAACAUCAGAAAAAGAAAUGGGUAGUUUUGAAAAGAGUAGAGAUUGAUGGAAGUUUAAAGGUUAUUAAGAUGAUUGAAAUUUAA